UUUUUUUUUAACUGUUUUUUUUUUUCUGGUCCUCUUCUUAAUUAUGAAAGUGAUCACGCUAUUCAAGAUUAAGAGUUGGAAAGAAUUUGGAAAAGGAAAGAAAGAAUCUAAAAGAAGAGACGCCACUGAUGCUUUUGAAGGUCCGCUGGCACCCUCCUUCUGAGAACUCCCUUGGCCUUGACCAGGAAAGCAGGGAACCCAGGCCAGAGAAGGCUACUUCUGUCCCGGAGCGAUCCUGCGCGCUUCCUGGCGCUCUUCCAGCCCACGCCUGCCUCUGCCUUGCGCGCCGCCCCCCAGCCCAGAUGCCGGCGCCCGGCCGGGGCCCCCGCGGGCCGCGGCUGACCAUGCCCGGGCGCCGGGGGGCGCUGCGCGAGCCGGCCGACUGUGGCUCCUGCCUGGGGGCGGCGCUGGCCUUGCUGCUGCUGCUGCUGCCAGCCUGCUGCCCGGUGCGGGCGCAGAACGACACGGAGCCCAUCGUACUCGAGGGCAAGUGCCUGGUGGUGUGCGACUCGAGCCCGUCGGCGGAUGGCGCGGUCACCUCCUCCCUGGGCAUCUCCGUGCGCUCCGGCAGCGCCAAGGUGGCCUUCUCUGCCACACGGAGUACCAACCACGAGCCGUCGGAGAUGAGCAACCGCACCAUGACCAUCUACUUCGACCAGGUCUUAGUAAAUAUCGGCAACCAUUUUGAUCUUGCCUCCAGUAUAUUUGUAGCUCCGCGAAAAGGGAUCUAUAGCUUCAGCUUCCAUGUGGUCAAAGUGUACAACAGGCAAACCAUCCAGGUCAGUUUAAUGCAGAAUGGCUACCCAGUGAUCUCAGCAUUUGCAGGAGACCAGGAUGUGACCAGAGAAGCGGCCAGCAAUGGAGUCCUGCUGCUCAUGGAAAGGGAGGACAAAGUGCAUCUUAAACUGGAGAGGGGCAACCUUAUGGGGGGCUGGAAGUACUCCACGUUCUCGGGCUUCUUGGUUUUUCCUCUAUAGAUUCAGCCCCCCCGAUGAUGGGGAAGUUGCAAUCUGGACGCAGGAAUCCCCCCUUCAUAACACCCUCAACUUGCCAGAAUAGGACAACACAUUUCCAGCCUCUGUCAGACUGUUGCGGUCCAAGAAUGAUUUCCUCCUAAAUCUCCAGUAUUUUCUUUGAAUAUUGACAAUUCCUCGGGAACCUGGCCUCUAAUUAGUUUUAGACGACAAGGUCUUAAGGAGAAAUGAAAUUAUCGAUUUGAGCAGUUUGUACCUGUGAUUGUAAAGUCAAUAUUGGAUUCUAUUGUUGGGACCAUUGACUUACCUUCUUUUGUUUGUACAUUGUGUCAUUGUCCCGAUGGCAGGAGCACUGCUGUGGACCCCAGGAUGGACUGCAGGUUGUAGUUGGGGCUCAAAGCAAGAGCCUGGCAAAGAACUACCCGUGGGACAGUCCUUGACCUGUGUCCCCUGUGUGUCUGUAGAGCCUUAAGAGGAAGAAUGGCUUCACCCUCAUUCUGUGCUUUUCCCCUGGGUGGAUGGGAGGGGGCGGGGCAUUGUGAACCUGUCAGGAAGUGCUUUAUCCAGAGGAGCCAAGUGUGCAAGACUGGACUGACUGCGGUUUUGUUUUGUAUUGUUUGUUUUCUUGAGCAGCUAUAUUUUCUUUGCACACGGGGCCCUCCAUCCUUACCCUACUUUUAACUUCUGCACUGGGGUUGGGGUGGAGGGAGAAAAUGUAUGCUGAAUUCAUGGAUGAGAUAAAACAAAACAAAACAAAACCUGUAUAUUUUGUUUCGAAUGAGACCUCACCAAACCAAAAGUAUCUGUCUAUCAGAGUAACAAUAGCAAAUGGACAAGUCUGCUUUUUCUUCCUGAGAGAGUCUCUCAGAUGCAUCUUUAGAACUCGCAACCUGGAUUUUAUUUAUUUAUUUAUUUUUUAUUUACACUUGGAAUCCUUUAAGAACCUGGCAUUGCUGGGUGGGCCUGAACUGUGCUGCUUGUGGCGCUGUCGUGACCAGAUACCCUCAGCCCUGUUUUCCUCGAGUGCUUUGCCUUGUUUGGAUCCACCUUGAGAGAGCACAGUGAUCGGGUGCUUCAAAGAAGACAGGAUCAGCCCCUCUUCCUUGGGAUCGUCUUUUAAUCUGCUAAGGAAAGGUCUUGGUUGACACUGGGGCAGGCACCUGGCAGGAAACCACUUGGAAGCCACAGCAACUAAAGGUAUUGGUCAAAGCACCCAGGAGUGGUUUUACAAAUGUUUUUUUUUUUUUUUGUGCAACACUGUUAUUAAGACACAGCUGAGAGAUGAUGGGUGCAGGGCUCCUAUGCCAAGGAAGUGUCACUAAUCCCAAAGCAAUCAAAUAUGAGACCUCAAACAGGAUGUUAAUUUGUUCUUUGUGUAACAAUGUAACCAAAAUAUUGAUAAAACUCACAAUUUAAGAUUCAGAAUAAAUGGGUUUGAUGUCUGGCUUGCUCUAAUCCCUCGGUAUCGUCUCCCAACUGUCAAAAUAAUUGGGGAAGUAAAGGCCAAGUGUCAAGGACUUGGGGACUUUAAAUCCAUACGAUGCCUCUUUUAAAAGUACGCACACAAACACGCACCCCUGUAUGCAGAUGCAGCUGUGGGUCUGGUAGGUAUUGCAUACUUAAAUACAUUCAAUUUUGACUUGCAGUAUUUUCCAACAGGAAGAGUUUGGGGAGAAACACAGAGGUGAUAGCAUUAAGAAGGUUUUAUGGCAGGCUGUCCGCUGCCAUCACAGGAUCUCGGAAUUGGUCCAAGGAGUCCUUUCCAGACUGUGUGCGGAUGGGAGGCCUUGGGUUUCCAGUGCUCCCAGUUGGGAUUACGAAAAGAGGUUUGACCAAGGGUCUAAGUUUUACUGUCCUUAAGUGAAGAACACAGUAAAACACAGAAUUUGAUUUGAGUUCAAAGUUUGUGAGGAAAUAAAUCAACCAAAAGUCUUGUAGAGUCCUCUGUUUCUGUGAGUAGGAGACUUACUUCCCGGACUGGGCAUUGUUUAUUAAUGCUGGGGACAGAAAUAGAAGGCAGCUAGCUGGAGUGUGCGCCCUUUGUUGUUCUCAGUUAUUUGAAUCCUGUUUCACUCAUUUCCUUAACGUUGUGUUCAGUUUAAAACAAACAGGAAACCUCAUUAGAGGACCAUAUGAGUACUUGUUACUUUUAUCCCUUAAUAUAUAAAUACGUGUAUUUGUUUGUAUUGAUACCUUUAUUACAUGCUGAUUGUUAUUGGGUUAUACUGUCUAAUAAAUAAGUUAUUCAAUUGACCUAUCUAAAACUAAGUAUAUUUCAGGAGCUUAUUUUAUGUUAGUAAAGCAGCUUCAUCUUGCAAUUCCACCUCUUUCCCCACCCGUUCCCUUUUCUUUCUUGAUUUGGAUAUGGGCAGUGACACUAGGAGGAGGCCCUGCUGACAGCCUCUCUGAAGUUGUUCACCAUCUACACAGGCAUCUGCCCAGGCUGGAUUUGGCUGAGAAUCUUGAGAGAUAUGAAGCUUCCAGUUAUGGUCCACACAUAUAUAGGUCAGAUCUAAAGCUGACGUGUGCAUUUUCCUUUAAUUGGAAAAAGGAGGUGUGUAACAUGCCACAGCAAGUCUUGGCAGCCUUGGUGUGGGGUCUGGUUUUCUUGUCUGCAGAGUGAGAUCAUGGCCCUGUGUGGUCAGCCGCCCCCGGAAGCUGUUGUGAGGGGCCCCCAGAAGUGCUUUGAAAACAGGGCAUUGGGGUAAUGUGGGUGUUACUGUGGCAGAAGCAUUACCAGAAAGACAGGUUUUUUUUCAACAUGCAAUUUGUGAAGAUCAUUUUAAAUGAAUAUCUGACAGGAGGGCAAUCGUACAUGAAGGCAAAUUUCUAUGUUUCUCAGUGGACUAUUAAAACUGCAGUGCUAUAUUGAGGGUUCCAUUAGUUUGAUUUUUAGGGAUGAUAAUAAUAUCACAAUGCAUAAAUUUUAAUUUAAUUCCACUAUCAGUUGGGAUUUUUGGCUGUCCUGUGGGGUUCCUGUUCAUCUUUAUGUUAUAAUAUGUACUGCCCAUCUUUUAGAAAAAUACACAAAUGUAACAUUUCUGAUACAAUUUAAAAAAUAUAAUUUGAUUAAUAUAGUUAAUAUUAUGGCAUUUUAAAAUUAAGUUACUUUAGUUGACAAAUGUUAGUUCUACUAAAUUGUAAAUGCCCUUAAGAGAAAUACUAUUUUCUUCGCUUAUAUUCCAAUUUGAAAUGCAGCCCCAGUGAUUCAACACCAGGUCCCGGGAAACUGUUGUUACCAUCUGUAAUUCCUGAGCCGUUUUUGCACCCUAAUAUUUUUAAUAUAUGUGUUUAUGUGCAAGUGAAAUGAUCAACAUUUCUACAAUGUGUGCUUUCUAAGGCUGCUCAGAGUACAUGUGAUAAAAACCUACUUAUCAUUAGCAUGAAAACUCAUGGAACCCUGUAGAGAUGACAUAGAUUUACUUGUUUAAAAAAAGAAUUAGCUAAAUCUAGUUAUAUUGAAAUUCAGAAAGAAAAAUAGAAUAUACAUAUAAAGCAAAACAAAACCUUUGCUGAAUAUUUUAUUUUACUUGUGGUAUUGUUAUUAAGGAAAUUACAGUGGGCAUAUUCAUAGUAACUAUUACAUCAUACUGUUGAACUGUGAAUACACUUACAAACACACCUACCUGAUCUGUUAACAUGGUAAUAUAAUAAAAAAUUAUAUGGAUCAGCUACAUUCUCCUGGAAUCUGGAAGAUGUAAGAGGAAAAUUUGAUGAAUCACUUUCUACAAGCAAAACAAAAGCAGCGGCUGCUCCUUCCUGUGCUUCAGCUGUGCCAAAAGGAGCCAAGUCUGUUCUGUCAAUUCCUGAGCCCACAUUUUGCAUCUUUUAUAAAGGAACAAACGUUGUAAGAAGAUAACAUGGCUAUGAAUAAAAUGGUCAACGUUUGUUUAUAUUUCUAUGGCAUACGAAAUACAUAAUAAUCUAAUGCAUAAAUGCACAUGGUUGAAGGAAUUCUUAUUAUUUUUAACAUGGUGUAAAUAAAUGGGAAACUCAUA